CUGCAUAGCGAGACCCUGUCUCAAAAAAGACCACAAAAAAAAAAAACAAACAAAAAAGAAUUGCAUAGAAUCAGUAAUUCUGAUUCACACAGAAAAUAGCAAUAUCCUAACUAUAACAAAUGAUCUUUACCUUAUUUUUUUUGGUAGGGGGAAUCAAACUCGGGCCCUCGUGCUUGCCAGGCAGGCACAAUCCCACUGAGCUAUAUUCCUGUGAUCUUCAUCUUAAAUGAAGAGCAAUACACAGUUAAAAACUACUGAUGACACACAUCACAUGUGACGCUAACAGGUGCACCUGCUACUAAACAAGCUGACAUUUCCAGGUUUGGGCAACAUAUGUGCCUGAGCCUUUCCUGGCCUCUCAGGGUACUGCACAUAUGUAGUGACAGACUUUUUGUGCAAGUAUGUAUGACAAGAAAUUCACUAGGGAGAACUUAAAUAAACAUUAGUAUAGACAUAUGCCCCUUCUAGCCAAUGGCACAUUUGGAAGUCAUUCAAUAAGCUCAGAAACGACAGAGACUAAGCUGCACAAUGAGUUACUCGGCAGCACAAGGUAGGGACUGCUUAACAUCUACUACUGGACUGAUCUACGUCAUGCUCUGCCCAUCGCAGCAUUCCUUGCUGGUUUCCCAAGAUUCAGGUGAGCCGGGCCUUCUCCUCCUCAGCUGCCUCCUUCUCCUUCAUCAGUGACAGUAACUGCAAUAAACCAGGGGCGGGGCCGCCCUCUGGCAGAUUAAGCUGUCUGCGCACUGCUCUGUUGACUGCCCCAGCAAUGAUUUGGUCUAGGCGGGCCUGUUUCACACUUUCUCAGCUGCUCCUCUCUGUACCAGUUUCUGUAAUAAAGGUCCCAGCCUUAGGACCUAAGAGGACAACUUUCCCUUCCCUUUCUGAUAGAUGGAUAGAUAUUUCAGCUGCAACCCUCCAAGAUUAUCAGCCCCAAAUCCUGGGGGCUGCAGGCAUUUGGGGACUGUAAUUAAAGGAUAACUUGUCUUGAGGAUGCAAGUAAUACCAAAUGCUGGGCCUCUGAGGCCAUCAGUCGCUUUCUCUUCUCUGCAUCUGACACUUUCCACGUCAUCAUCAAAGUGGUGUGGAACAUUCAAGGUCCAAAUUCUUCACUUGGUUCUGGAGGAUCCCUGCCUGAGAUUACCCUCAGCUUUUUAAACUUCAGGUAUUGCAGGGUAGGGUGAAGGGCUUUAUCUGACGCCUCUGUCAACAAUGGGCCCUACACUUCUGGGAUCAUGCCCUGGUUUAGGUCAUUAGGGUCAUUUCUUUACCCAAGAGCACUGGUCAGCUCAUUCACUGUCAUGCCCUCUUCGUCUAAAAACUCAAUCUGCUUAAAAAUUAACUUUUGGGGCCGGGGGCUUGAAGAUCACCCUCCAGAAACCCCUCUGUCCAGUAUCUACUUGACGCCCGGGGCAUAACUAGUGUCCUCAGUAUGCCCUCUUAAGGCUCCGUUCCUGCCCUCUUCUCUCCGGAACAUCCUUCCACGCACUCUUACUCCCCAAGCGGGGCCAGACCAGUCCGCAGGGCCCGUACGAUUUGUUAGCCCGCAGGCCCGGGGUAUACCAGCAAUCAGGAGUGCUUUGCGAGGGUUCGUGCCCAUCCCUGCACGAGCCGUCCAAGAGCUGCGGCGUCAGGGUGCCCAGAUUUCAGAUGGAAUUUGUCGGGUACGCAGAUGCCCCCGGCACUUAACAGUACUCUUGCGCACUACCCCAUACAGGGCUCGUAAACGUGCCGAGCUGCAGAUGCCGGUGAGGGACGAGCAGGCAGAUCAGUUAAUGGUCCACAUCCAGGGCGCAAGUACCGGACCCGCGCCGUGCGGCGAACCCCGUCCGCCGGAAGUCAGGGUGCAGGGAGCACUCUCCCGGCUCCUGCCGCAGGUGCCGCUCGCCCCGCCUGCCUCCCUCAUCGCUCUCCGCGGCGGAGCCCGCAGUGUCUGCCGGCGGCCCGGAACCAGGCCGGCUCCCGACCCGCACGGGAGGGCGGGCGCCGCCGGCUCGGUGCACGUUUGUGCAGCGCGCCCAACGCCCGCGGUGGAUGCCGGGCCGCCUGUCCCGGCCGUGUUCUCCGCAGCCAGGUGUGACCGGUCAAACGAAGCACAGGGACCCCGAGCACUGCCGCGCGACUGUCUCGUUAGCACUGUUGGUCCCCAUUCGUGCGCUGUCGGGCGCACGCGAGGCGCUGGCACCUCCCCGGCGUCACGAGGGGGCGGCCCGGGGAGCGUGUGCUUCCGGCCUGAGCCGGAAGCCCCAGCUGCAGCGGCAUCCGGGACGGCGGGCGGGCGGGCCACUCGGACAGGAAGGCACAGAGCAUGGAGAAUGAUGAACUUCCGUCAGCGGAUGGGAUGGAUUGGAGUGGGAUUGUAUCUGUUAGCAAGUGCAGCAGCAUUCUACUACGUUUUUGAAAUCAGUGAGACUUACAAUAGGCUGGCUUUGGAACACAUCCAACAGCACCCGGAGGAACCUGGUGAAGGAAUCACAUGGACACACUCCUUGAAAGUUCGGUUACUCUCUUUGCCUUUUUGGUUGUGGACGAUCAUUUUUCUAAUACCUUAUUUACAAAUGUUUUUGUUUCUUUAUUCUUGUACAAGAGCAGACCCUAAAACAGUGGGCUACUGUAUCAUCCCCAUAUGCUUGGCAGUUAUUUGCAAUCGCCACCAGGCAUUUGUCAAGGCUUCUAAUCAGAUCAGCAGACUACAACUGAUUGACACAUAAAUUAGUCACCAGUUUUCCUUAUGAUAACAAAACUGCCAGAACUAUUUGGAGUGUGAUCACACGACUGCAGUUUCUUCACAGAUCUCAGGAAGUUGUGGUGGGGCUGAGGCUUUUUAAAAACUGUGGCUAGGGACCGAUCUUUAUCUAAAUAAUGACUUUUUAGGGAAAGCCUGAGAUACAGUACUACAGAAUCAUGUUGAUGACUUCAGAUUUUGGAAGUAAAAUUGUGUCUUGUUACUUGCAUUGUUUAGAAACUUGAGUAAGUAUUUCUACUCUACUGUGCAACAUAGUGAUGAUUUCUUUUUUCCUUUGGGGAAAAAAUGAACAAGAACAUUUCCAUCGUGUUAAGUGUAAAAAAGUCUAAACAUGGUCAUAAAGUUUAAAUUUUAUAUAAUUA